UAAAGUGGCUUCUAGAGCAUUUCCCCCCACAUUUGAAAUGUGUACUCUCAAUUGUAUAUUUAUACAGAAGUGAAAUAACAUCAAUACUGUUAAUCUAAGUAUUCAGUGUAUUAUUAUUUUAACAAGAAAUACGUAUGCACCAACAUUUUUUUAAAGUUUGAUUCACUCUAAGAGGCCUUCAGAGUGCAAUGGCUUAGUAGUCCCCUUUUGAUCAAAAGAUACCCCAGUGGACACAUUUACAAAUACAUAGUGUAGUUCUAAUAUUUUCUUCCCUCUUCUUAAAGAUUGGAGCAUCUCACUUUGAAGACCACAGUCCUAGAAGGCUGUUCAGACAAGUCUAGAAUUCAGGGGAGGAUGCAAAGGAGACCACGGACUGGAGUAGUGUGGCUUUGGAAAUUGACAGUGACAAAAAUAGGGUUCACCUGUAAGGGACGCCAUAGGUAGGGAUUUUUUCUAGGCGUAUGAUGUAGAUCAUCUCUGUACCAAGAACUUCAGUUUGAUGGGCAAUUUUUGAGGCUUUGUGUGGCAAGUUUGAUGCAAGGUAUUACAAAGGCAGCAGUGAUGCAAAAUAGAGAGGGAGAAGGCGGGUUGUUGGGGAGGAGAUGGGACAGACCCAUGUUGGCGGCGAUGGCCAAGUUGGGAAGAAGUGCGGAUUUGGAAAACCGACAAGAUGCGGUCCCUCUAUCCCUGCACCGUAGCUGCAGUACCUGAUCUACUGCAGUUCCUUCAGGUGCUGUUUACUGGUCCGUUCCUACUGUCUCAGGCUCUUCUUUUUCCUACCAUUCCUCUUCACAUUCUACCUAAAUGAUAUUCUCCCCUUGUAGGGAUUGCGAAGAAAUUGCUGCGGAGCAAGGAGCUCGUCCUGGGCGCGGACUUCGUGGGUAAGGCGCCGGGAUUCCGGGCCUCGUCGCCGCAGCCCCCUGGCCAGCGGGAGGGUGUGGUUCGGACGGCAGAGGGCGGAGAGGUCUAGACAUAGAGUUCACUGGCCUUCGUUCUAACCCGUCCGGGCCCCAGCAGAUCAGUCUGUUUGACUUGCCAUCAGAGUGGUAUCUCAAGACCCGUCAGAGUGUUCAGCAGUUCACCGUCUGUCAGAUUGGAUUGUCUAUGUUUUCCAGUAUUGAAGGCGAGUCAAACAAGUAUGAAGCCCAUUCGUGUAACUUCUUUCUCUUCCCUACAACGUUUGGGAUUUUGGAUUCAGAGUUCUCUUUCCAGGCUUCUAGUGUUCAGUUUUUGAAUGAGCAUGGCUUCGAUUAUAACAAGUUUCUCAAGAAUGGAAUCCCAUAUAUGAACGAAGAACAGGAGAAGAAAAUUAAACACAGCAUCCUGACUGGGAACUGGAGAGUUCGCAGUUCUCUGGAUAAAGACCAAAUCAAGGUGGUGAUUGACGAGGUGACGCGCUGGCUGGACCUGGCAGAGGAAGGCGACUGGAUGACCCUCCCUGGUAUCACCGGCUUCCAGGCCUUCGAGGUCCAGCUUGUGCUGAGGAAGGCCCUCCCCGACAUCUGGACGGUGAUGAGAGGCCAGGGGGUGACAGUGAAGAAAGUGAGUAAACGGCAUCGCUGGUAUCUUGAGAACACCUCUUGCGAUCGAGAAAGCUGUUGGCAGGAGAAGAUUCUUCUCUCUGCGAGGGGUUUUUCUGUGUUUUUCCAGAUGCUGGUGAAAGCCCAGAAGCCCUUAGUGGGACAUAAUAUGAUGAUGGAUCUGCUGCAUCUCCAUGAGAAGUUCUUCAGACCUCUCCCAGAAAGCUAUGAAGAAUUUAAGGUGAAUAUCCACAACCUAUUUCCUGUUCUCAUUGACACCAAAAGUGUGGCCAAGGAUAUCUGGAAGGAACUGAAUUUCCCAAGGGUUUCAAGUCUUUUAGAAGUUUAUGAAGUCCUAAACAGUGACUUGAAUCCCACCAAGAAUUCUGGGCCAGUGAUUAUUCACGCAAGCAAAUGUGAAAAAUACGUUGAGACAAAGUAUCCCCAUGAAGCAGCAUACGAUGCCUUCCUGUGCGGAUCAGUUCUUUUGAAAGUGGCCCACUUGCUCCUGUGGAGAGCGCACGGGGUUCUUCCCAUCCCCAAGCCCUCCUUCCCGCUGUACCUCGACGUGCUGGCUCCCUAUGUGAACCAGGUGAAUCUUAUCCGAGCCGGGGUCCCCAAGAUCAAUUUUUCGGGUCCAGAUUACCCCAGUAUCCGCCCUCCCAUCCUCAUUGUCACCGUCAGGAGGUGGCCCGGGGUCAGCGAGCAGCAAGUCUACCGCGAGUUUCAGAACCUCUGCAAGUUUGACGUCAGGAGACUGGUGGGGAGCCACUUCCUGCUUCUGACCAAUAAGUUUAAGGACACCCGGAGCAUCCUGAGGGAGUACAGGUGCCACCCCACCCUGCAGGUCUCCGUGUACCGCUACUGGAGACACUCCCCAAACGUCAGCUGCCUGUUACAGGUCUGUGGCGUAGUCACCACCUGGGCCUUUAUCGCGUUUCUCCUGGGAGGAGCUCGCCCCUGAGCGCAGCAAGGCCGCCUGCAGUCCCGUCCUGUCUCCGUGCGAUCCCGGGGCUGCCGUCCCGGCUUCUUUUGUUCAAAUCACAUCCUACUUGCAUGUGGAUCUGCGCGGUCCUUACGAGGAGUUUUGUUAUGUGUUGAAUGUGAAAUUCUGUAAAUAUUAUCAAUGAUAAAUCCUUUGUGUGUGGCCAAAACUUUUCUUUCUAUAAAUGACCGGGGAGAAGCCACACCUCUGGGAAUUUGAGCUAAUGUUCCAGAGUGUCUUCUGAACGGACAACUGGGACGAUAAGAGCUGGACACCAGGUGGGCAGAAGACUCCGUUAUUGCUGAGAGAGAAAGCAAUAGCUGAUAGGCAGGGGUUUAGGCCUGAGAAACGGCCGAAGCUUUAGUAAAGGGAAAAAUAAAACCAGGUGUCAUGGGCGCCGGUGUUGGUCCAUGUUUUGGGUAACUGCCAUAAACCAUGAAGCAGCUCACCUUAAAAACAAAGUGGCUUGUACCGCAGGUAUGAACCCUGAGAUCGAGGUAGAAGCGGAUGGUUUUCUUUCCUGGGCAGUGCGGGCCCUUCACUCGGCUUCGUCAGGAGCUCUUCUCUGUGAGGGGUUGAACUUGGCUGGGCUGUGUGUUCAGCCUUGAACUUAAGGAUUCAGCAGAGCCUUCUUAAAUUCCUUGUGGAAGAAGUUUUUUCUGUAUAAAACAGAAGUGUUAGUACUGGCAGCCACCCAGAAGGAGAGUUUGGGAGCCACCCCAGACGUCACACGCCUGUCCUGGGGUGUGAGUGACACGGCGACCGAUGGGCUGCUGUCCCUGUGAUGCUCGGGGCAGCUCUUGUGGUCAGACCAGUGAAACCCUGCUCUCGGUGAGGGGAGGGAGGUCUUACCCGUUGGUCCAAACAGCCUCCUAGUGGGAUUGUUGUUUUGUCUGUCUUCCCAUUGGAUGUUCCUUUGUGUACGCUAAGGAAAAGUUUUUUUUUUUGGGGGGGGGGACUUUUUGGUGGGCUUUUGGGGCCCCAUCUCAUGGAUGUGAGCCCUGCAUUAAGUAAGCAAACCUGAAAAGUGAAAACGGGCUUCUCAGCUGAGCGUAUACGGUGACCAUUUUGACUUCCCGGGGUUGGGGCAGGGCCUGAACACUGAGCUGUCUUCGUUCUGGGGCGAGAGACCCUAUUGUAAUUUUAUCAGACAUUAUUCAUUUAUUCAUUAAACUCUUAAACUGUU